CCACAGGUUAUUACACUGUCGUCCAUGAAAACACACAACAAAUAUACCUUUGUUACUUCAAUAGACCUUGAAGACUGGGCUGCAAAGAACACUUUCGAUGAAGCUCUGAGAAUCCUUGAUGUGCAUCCCGAUAAUUUGUAUAAUAAGCAUAUAUCAGAAUGGCACAUAAAAUGGUCUAACGGUCGCAUUGAUGUUGAUGGCAACACAGAAUUGUCUAAAUACAUAUACACAUGUCGUGAGAAUCAGCAGCAUGUAACUGGAGAUAUCGCUUUGGCUGCCCGACAAUAUGUGUCAGCUACUAGAGACAUGGACUGGUUACGCGGGAAGAAAGGGUAUGUGUUUAUCAGAGAUAUGGCCAAGUAUUGGUACACUAGACUCGAAUAUAAUGAAGUAACAAAGAAGUAUGAUAUUAACGGCGUGAUGCCCCCAGAUGAACACGCGGAAAGCGUCAAUAACUCGGUCUACACAAACGUUGGUGCUAAACUCAGUAUCAACUUUGCUCGCUAUGCUGCUUGCUUAGCAGGAGAAGACUCCACAGAAGAAGUACCGGAUGAGUGGUUGGAACGCGCCAAAAUGAUAGCCUUACCGUUUGAUGAAAGGAAAAUGUUCCACCCUGAAUACGACGGUUAUCGAGAGGACAAAGAUCCACGAGGUAUUAAGCAGGCCGAUGUUAUUCUGUUGGGCUUUCCUCAAAUGUGGCCCGUGGAUAAUGAAGUGAGACGGAAUGAUUUGAUUCAUUAUGAGAAAGUAAACAAUCCUUUGGGACCAGCCAUGACAUGGGGCAUGUUCUCUAUUAAUUGGCUAGAGUUGGGAGAUGACGAAAAAGCUGCUGAUUUAUUCAAAAGGAGUUAUUCACUGUACACAAGAGAGCCGUUUAAGAUUUGGACAGAAGCCCGUGCAGGUAUUGGGGCGGUUAAUUUUCUAACCGGAAUGGGAGGAUUCCUACAGACAGUGGUGUUUGGGUAUGGCGGUGCUAGACUUCAUACCGAAAAAUUAACAUUUAAUCCGAAAUUACCACCCAGUACAGAAGGUCUACGAUUUAUUGGAUUGAACUAUGUUGGCAAUAGUCUGGAUAUAGUCAUCAAACCUGAUUAUGUCACGGUUGUAGCGAGAAUGACGUCAACAGAAAACCCGUUAAUUCUAACUGUAGACAAUUUUGGUGCCAGUCAUAAAAUUCAAAAGGAUAGAGAAAUAUUGAUUCCAAGACGAGCUUUCACACUGAGAAGUUUAACGGUGUCUGACUGUCCUCUACCCGAAGAGGAUUCCUGUCCUGAUAUUAAAACUAGAAGAGAUUGGCAAGCUGUAGAACCUAGAGAUACAGAAAUAACAGGUGUUGUUGAUAAAGUUAUAAUACAACAGACCGGCGAUAUGGAAUGUAACACUCUUGAUGCUUGUAAAAAGCGAAUAAUGAAAUUACAGCUAACCCACCAAACCAGUGGUGUGAAGGGUCAAGUGCUGGGGGACAUAGCCUACAACUUUUUAAUCGGAUCUGAAGGAAGAGUUUAUGAAGGUCGAGGCUGGGGAUUCGGACCAUACCACCCCGAUGUCGACGUGAGGCUUAGUUCUUUGAGUAUGUCAUUGCAUUGA